UGUCUUUUCAAUUUCCACAUGGGCAACGGGCUUUUAUUUACGACUGGUAAUUUGACAGUCGUUUCAAAAUUUAUAAAAAUCUCUUGAAAUAUGGAAGAGAAAUCUUCGAAAGGACAGUUAACGGAAAAAACAGACGUCAACCAAGAUGAGUUGAUUCUUCAGCAACAAAGGCGAAUUGAAAAAGAGAUUUCUGAAUCUAUUGCUUUAGUUGGUGAAAAAGAAUCAAUAAAAAGCUUGGAACGUGAAUAUACAGAAGAUGAAGUAUAUCUUUCAAAAACUAAAGCAUUAGGGCAAAAAUAUUCUUAUAUCAGAAGAACUAGACCAGAUGGAAAUUGUUUUUUUAGAGCUUUUAGUUAUGCUUAUCUUGAAAAACUAAUUGGAAAUAAGGAUGAAUAUGAAAAAUUUCGUGAACUUGCUUUACAAAGUAAAGACAAUUUAGUAGCAUUAGGAUUUCCUCAAUUUACGGUUGAAGACUUUCAUGAUACGUUUAUGGAAGUAAUUGAUAAAGUAGGAGGUGAUGCAGAAUCAAGUUAUAUUGAGUUGCAUAAACUUUUUAAUGAACAAGGUUAUUCUGAUUAUGUUGUUGUAUAUCUUAGAUUAAUUACAUCUGGUCAAUUACAGCGCGAAGCUGAUUUUUAUCAGCACUUUAUUGAAGGAGAACGCACUAUUUCAGAAUUCUGUCACCAAGAAGUGGAACCAAUGUAUAAAGAAUCUGAUCAUAUUCACAUUAUAGCAAUGAGUACUGCUUUAGGAACAGGAGUACGAGUUCGUUACAUGGAUCGAGGUGCAGGAACUGAAGUAACUGCACAUGAUUUCCCUGAAGGUGCUACUCCAUCAGUUCAUUUACUGUAUCGUCCUGGUCAUUAUGAUAUUCUUUACCCUUGA